CCUGUUCUUUUUUAGUAAAACAAAGUUUCAAUCCCUGGCAUAUAAUGUUCACACUAUAUUUUGGGACUUUGCAUUUCUUUAGUGGCUUCCAAAUAAUUUCUGGAGAAAUUCCCCUAAAAUGGAGACAAAAUGGAAAAAGUUUUUUUUUACUUUGGAUUUAGGGAGAAAAUAAUGUUGUAUCCAGGCCUAGAGAGUUUUAUACUAUACAAUAAUGCUUGUGAUGAGUCAGAAUAAAAUUAGCUCCUCAGAUAAAUUGACCUAAACAUUUCAAACUAAUUUCAACAGAUGUUAAUAGGAAAAAAUGCUAUUUUAAAGGACUCCCAUUAACUAGAUGCAUUUUGAGUUUAUUGCAAUUAAUUCAGACAACAAAAGAUGAAUAGAAAUUGUAGAUUGGGGGGGGGCUGAAAAACAUCAGUUCUCAUCUGAAAUCUUUUGACACCUGGUUCUAAAUCCCUUAUUCUAGAAAAAGAUGGUAACUACACAACUGUGAUAUAGUAUUUGAUAAUAGAUAUGCUGUACAAUUAUUGGCUAUUUUUUAAUCCCAUUGAUUUCAGUAGAAGUUAGGAACCUAAAUACCUUUGAGGUUCUUGGCCAAAGAUCUUACAAUCUGGAUUUACUUUGACAAAACAGGAAAAAGCAAUGGGAUAGAGACAGGGAGGGAGGAAAGAAGGAAGGAAGGAAUAUGUAGAACAAGGCACUGAGGUGAGUGGUACAGUAAGCGUAGGCUUUUUGUUUGUUUUUAUAGUGAUAGAAAAUUAUAACCAUGUAAAACACAAGAGUGGAGAAUUCGUGGUUUUUAGGACAAGGGCCAGAGGAGACAAUUAAAUCUGUUGUUUUAAAGGAACCAUGGUAAUCUCAGUCAUCAACGAAAAAUUUAAACAGUGUUUGCAGUCUAAAUGGAAUAAGAGGAAGAAGAAUACUUUGCACUUUUCAGGUCUUUUUACUGAAGAUCUUAAAGCACUUUAUGAACAAUCAUUAAUGAAGACUCAGCAGCCAUGGGAGGCAGGAUUUAUCAUAAUCCAUUCUGUUAAGUAAUGCUAAGAUACAAAAGAAAUUUAAAAAUCCAUCCGGAAUUCAGUGACACCCAAUACAGGCACCAGUGAAUAUGUCAUUCAGUCAAACUAGACCGCCAACAUCAGAGUUGGUAGAGCUUCAUGUUUUUUAUGUCCCAGAAGAAGUGUGGAAUUUCACAUUAAAUACAGUUUCUGCAGAUCUUACUAGCAAAUUCAUUUCAGCUGGAUUUAUAAGGGUGCCUCGUCAUGUCACAUUGAGAGCACUGCGGGAGCAGCUUGGAGACUUCCUGGGUGAAGAUGCUGUUGCAGAUAAGUUUAUAUUUCUGAAACAUAUAGGGAAAAAGCUAGCAGUGGUGAAGGCAAAGCAAGAAACAGAACUGAAGCUCAAGUUAUUUGCUCCCCCACAUGCACUUCAUCCCGAAUUAUAUUUGCUCCCUGGAGUGGACCACUUAGAAAUUGCUUAUUCAUCAUCAGCAACUCCAGAUACACAGCACUUUAAUGCAGAAUCCCAUAGGUCUCCCCAUGGACCAAGUACUUUAAAUCUUCCAAAGAAAGAGCGUGAAAAAAGUCCAACAUUUCUAGAAAGUCCACAGAAAAAUACUCUCAUGCAGAAUCAGGAAGAUUCUAGUUCUUUAGGAUGGAGUGAGACAGAAAAAGAAAUGAUUUCAGUUUUGCACAUAAAACCUGAACAAAACCUGAACAACAGGACUUGGGAAAAACAGAUUCCACAUAGAAGGAAAGACCAAAUUGGAUCCAAUGGAUCUCUUCGCAUACCAAGUAGUUUAAAUCCCACAAAGUGGGAGUCUGGAAAAAAUCCUACAUCUUUGGAAAGUGCUCAGAAAAAUCAUCUAAGCCAGGAUCAGAAAGAAUCUAAUACACGUAGGUGGAGUCAAAAAGACAAAGGGACUAUUUCAGGUCAUCAUGUAAAACAGAGCACUGAACAAGCCAAGAACAAUGAGACUCAGGAAAAUCACAUUCCCCCUGGAAGAAAAGAAGAAAUCCCUAUGGUGGUGGCUGAAACUGUGGAAAAUAGCGGCAAUCUAAAAGCUAUCAGGAUGGGAAGAAACACUACAGGGGAUUCCGGUAUUCCAGAAUCAUUGGAAGAUGGAGACAAGGAAUAUUUGCACAAUAAGAAAAGCCCUCAGCAGUCUGGAAUUAGAGAAUCUGUGACUGAUAUUGGUAUCAAACAGGAUGAUAAGACAGAUAAGAAUAACAUAAAUCGUCUUGAGUAUUCAAGUCAAUACAUUUCUCCUCCUCCUCCACCGUCUCUUUCUAUAAACAGAUCUCAAGUUCCCAUAUUUCAGACAGAGAAAAGCAAGAUGGUUGAACAACUGAAACAGAUGAAGGCAGAAAGAAGGCACAUGGAAAGAACUAGAGAGGAACUGGUUAAAAAAGCCAAAGGUUUGCUUGAACAGAAUAAGCUGAGGAGAUAUCAUGCUCGUGAUGCAUGGAAAAAGAAAUAUUUUGAAACUAAGAAAGCCACAGUUUCAUUGGAGGACAUUUUAAAUAAACUGCGACAAGAUGUAGAGCUUUACUAUCAAAAGUUACUGUUGCAACUGGAAGCCAGAGAUAUCAGGAAACGGCCAAACAAUUUAACACACAUUGCAAACGCCAAGAACACCACAAUCAUCCAGAUUACAACAGUGCAGCACGAAAUUGAUCAACUAAAGAGAAAGCUGGAUAAUACAAAAAUGAAACUCAUAAUAGAAAUUAAGAUGAGAAAGCAGGCAGCCUCUGAUUUACGAGCAUUGAGAGCAGAGCUGGCACAGAAGAAAAUUCAGUCAUCUUUAAUACUUCAUUCUGAAACACCAGUAUUUUAGAAGGAUCGCAUUACUUGGAAUUGUGUAAUAUAUUUGUAUAGAAGCUCAGCAUGUCAGUAUUGUUUUUAUGUUCCUAUGCUUUUAUUGUAAAGAGAAUUUUCAAUAUGUAAGAUAGGAUAAUUGUAUAUGUUAAAAUAGAAGUAUAUCAUGUAUUUAAAAUGCCUUAAAAUAGCUCAAGCUAAUAAUUGUAACUCAGUUGUAAUUCACUUAUAAUUAUAAAACAUGCAGUUUAAUCUAUUAGCGUGUUUAUUUUUGACUAUAAGCCAAUCAAAUGUAAAGAA